AUGCUUGUCGCCGCGGGCGUCGUUCUCACGGCCAUUGCGUCCUCACAGCUACAGCGCCAUGAACAGCCGAUCGAGAAGGCAGAGAGAAAGGUGAAGGCGGGAAUGGCGAUCCUGACGAUCUCGUGGGUCGUCCUGGUCGGGUGGACUGGACUUGCGUUUUUGGGGCCGAGGAGGACGAGCCCAGUCGUUAAGCAGGGGACUUUGCUGCUUUCGACUGUGUCUUUUUCGUUGUCUCUUAUUGGUGUCCGCGUCGUAUAUAGUCUCGUUGCUAUGAGUACGCAGAGGACGGACCUGAACCCGACGACCGGGUCGCUGGCGAUUCGCGUUGUGUUAAGCUUCCUGCCUGAGGUCAUUGUUGCGAUUGCAUACGUUGCGGCGGGAAUGAAGACUCGGAAUGCAUCGAAGCAAGAUAAAGAGGAACAGGCUGAGGAGUGGUCAAUGGCGAAGCAGACUUCCUCUCCGGUGGAUGCAUAA